GCUCCCAGUGACAGCCCCCCUCCCAGCCAGCGCGCAGUGGUUCGCUCCAGUCGGCGGUCUGCUGCUGUUCAUCACCGCCCCACUGGCCGGCUCGCAGUCGGAGUUUCAGCCCGGUUACCGAGCGCACACCGAGCCUCGCUGCCUGCACGCUGCCCGCUCUCCUCCUCUCGCUUCAGCCUCUUUGAGUGUUUUUGCCUCCUGCGUUGAUCCCCGUCUCUCUGCAUCUCUGCCGCUUAACCCAUCCAUUUGUCAGUCGCUUCCUCAGCCCGUCCGUCCAGCAUGUCGCUGAAGGUCCAGACCAGUAAUGUGACCAACAAGACAGACCCAAAGUCCAUCAACUCACGGGUGUUUAUCGGCAACCUGAACACAGCAGUGGUGAAGAAGUCAGAUGUGGAGAGCAUCUUCUCCAAGUAUGGCCGGGUGCUGGGCUGCUCCGUGCACAAGGGCUACGCCUUCGUCCAGUACGCCAGCGAGAGGCACGCCAGGGGGGCCGUGAUCGGGGAGAAUGGCAGGGUGCUGGCUGGACAGACGCUUGACAUCAACAUGGCAGGAGAACCAAAGCCAAACAGACCCAAAGGCCUGAAGCGAUCAGCAGCUUCUCUCUACAGUGGCUAUGAGUUUGACUAUGAUUACUACAGAGAAGACUUCUAUGACAGGUUGUUUGAGUACCGUGGCAGGGUGUCUCCAGUCCCUCGGGUGGUGCCUGUCAAACGCCCGCGGGUGGCAGUGCCUCUGGUACGACGGGUCAAAUCCUUGCCAGUCAAACUGCUGGCGCGUAAUGCCUCUGUCCUCGCCACCAGCAAUGGCAACAAACAGAGAGCAGUGAAAGGCACAGAGCUUCAGGCCAUCAAGUCAGAGUUGACUCAGAUUAAAGCCAACAUCGAAGCUUUGCUGGGCAGACUGGAGCAGAUCACAGAAGACACACACAUCACCGCCACAGAGUUGAGGAACGCAGAGGAGUGUAAAAGCGAGGAGGCGUGGCAGGAAGGGGAGGAGUCGAGCUCGGAGCUGGAGGACGAGGAGGAGCAGAGACAGAACAGUGAAGCUGAGGAGGAGGAAGAGGAGGAGGAGGAAGAAGAUGAGGAAGAGGAGGGAGAGCACACACAGGACGAUGCCCACGACCACAUGGAAAACAGUCGCCUAUCAUCAGAGAUGGAUUCCAUUCACCCGUGAGAGGUGGUGUGGACUGUGGAGGAAGAGACAGACAGAGAGGGGGAAGAGAGAGAGAGAGCCGCUGACAGACAGAGAACUGGAUAACAGCACACGAAGGCCAUCAAACAGCAGGGAGCCAGACUCACACCACACUCUCACACACACACACACACAGACUCAUACACACAUACACAACUGUAAAAACACACAGCAGAAAGACAGACUUGACACUUUGUCAGAGCCACAGGAAGAUACUAAAACAGCAGGGUACUGCCAGAACAAAUCAUAAACUGAUGAGUUAUACACACUAACACACACACACACACACACACACACACACACAAACACACAGGAAAAAACACAAGGCGAAGGAGUCAAUGCUGUGUCAGAGCUACAGGGAGAUAGUAAAACAGCAGGCUGCUGUCAAAAUGCAUCUUAAACUGACAGAUUUUACACACACACACGUACGCUCACACACAAGCUCUGCAGUUGACAGCAGCCACAUUUGGGGAAGCUGGAGCUCAUCAGAUCAUCGUCAUCUGCUUCACACAGAACUUAAAACAACACAACUGAACAGGCAACAUACUGAGGCAGAGCAGGUUGUUGAUUGAAAACCUUGUUAGUGCAAAUUCUUUUGGAAAUUACAAUUAAGAACAAAUCAAAACAUGAAACAGUCGGUGCACAGUUGGGCUGGGCUAACAGACUGUCACUGUGAAUGACUUUCAUCAUAUUUUUACAAUGCUGUAUGUAUCACAAUGUGGUAGACUUAGUCUGAAUCAUGCUGAAUAAUCAAAUGAAGGCUGGAUGGGAGACAUAUUUUUGAAUACUGUCAUUUCAGAAUGAUUCCCUUAUAAUCCUAGAAAUAACUUUGCAAACUGGUAUUAAAUUGCAGGGAAACUAGAGGCAUUGUUCAACUGAUACUCGUGCAAUUAAUAAAAUGAAAGUGUGCAACCAAGACACGCUGUCAAUCAGUGCACAGCCUCUUGGUGAACAUGCAAAAACUACUGGCAAUCAUAUAUUUCAGUAAAUGGAGAAUUUCCACUGAUAAAUUCAUAUUGACUUGGGUUUAAUGUAAGUAAUCGGACAAAACACUUAAAGCCUCCACACAUCUGGCUCUCCUGCUCCAACUACUGCAAAAUCUAACCGUCUUCUCCUCGUAGACUUUAUGUUCUGUGAUAAUUGGCUCAGAUUACUAUUGGCAGGUGCUAUCAGGCCAUACAGACAAUGUAAAUUAAAAGUCUUAAGCAAUUAUAUUCCACUGCCAUGCAUUACAUAACAAAAUUUGAAAUAAAAAUAAGAAUUUAGAAAAUGUGUCUUAAAGUUUAAGUAUCUCAGAUAAUACUGAAUUACUGCCCUGCUCUAAUGGAUAAUGUGGUAACUUGGACAAACAGAGUGUCUUUCAAAAUGGGUUGAAAAUGAUAAUAAAACCUGUUUUUGUCACACCAUGCAGAUGAUAGAAGCUCUGAUAUGGGCUUUACAGUCAUUUACAUCUGAUGCUUCAAGCUUCUAAACUGAUGUUUCUCAGUCUCAAAUUGGGGUCAAUAGACUUUCAAACUUUGAUAAUAGUUUGCAUGAAAUUAGCUUAUUAAAUCUGAUGAUACUGAUGUGUUAGGGCUUAUUAUGUAUAUGUUAGAAUAAAUGAAUGCUUUGUAGCACUAAGAAAAUCCAUUCAUCCAUCAUCUAUACCACUUAUCCUUGGGGGUCAUGGGGGUGGGGGUGGGGGU